UCCGCGCGCGUCCGUCGUACGCCGCGCUCCGUGUCCCGACCGCAUCCGGUCGAUCCUUUCGCGCGAACCGUCGAGAGGAACACGCGUCGCCGCGCACACGCGACGCGCUCGGUGAUCGUCGUCGCCGCGUAGGUUCGGAGCUGACCGAGAGGUUCUUCGCGCGCGGUUCAAGAUGCCGAAGAACAAAGGGAAGGGCGGGAAGAACCGCCGCAGGGGAAAGAACGAGGGCGACGAGAAGCGCGAGCUCGUGUUCAAGGAGGACGGGCAGGAGUACGCGCAAGUCCUCAGAAUGCUCGGCAACGGGCGCUUAGAGGCGCAGUGCAUCGACGGCGUGAAGCGCCUGUGUCACAUCCGCGGGAAGAUGAGGAAAAAGGUGUGGGUGUGCACCGGGGACAUCAUCUUGCUCGGCCUGCGCGACUUCCAGGACGAGAAAGCGGACGUGAUCCUCAAGUACCUCGCGGACGAGGCGCGUUCGCUGAAAGCGUACGGCGAGCUCCCGGACAGCAUCCGCGUGAACGAGACGGACACGUUCGAGGAGGAGAGGGACGAGAACGACGACUUUUUCGACUUCGACGACGUCGACCAGAUCUAAUGAAGACGCCUUUGAUCUCAUCUCGCGGGCGGGCGGACGCGGGGCGAUACAUCGCGGGGGUGGGUCCCGCGCGAGCCCGCGUCGGCUCGUCGGCGGCGACGAGUGGCGUCGCUCUCGCGCUCGGCGGUCGCGGGCCGGUCGAGAAGGGGUCGGCAGACCCGAACGGCGCUCGCGGACGACGCCGGUUUGCAUUGAAAUCAGAAUCGACGGUUCUUCCAUCCGUUCAAACGGAUCAGAUUCU